AUGCAUCACUCCAAUCAAUACGGUUCAUUACUCUCGGAAGACAUGCCACAACGAACACCGGAUGAUAUUCUUUUUAAUAAUCAGGUAUAUCAACAUCACCAAGGAACAAGAUAUCGUUGGAGUGAGCAACAGUCUCAGAUAUUUCAGGACUAUGUCCAAGAAUUUCCAAACGACUACGUAUGGAAUAUCAACAUACUUCUGGAGAGACUAGAUCUUCAUGGCUAUGGGGGAAUUGAGACCAAGCAAGGCCUCGAUUUCGAGGGGAAGAUAUUGAUUCCAAAAGUGUUGCAGAAGAUUAUAAACGUUGUUCGUGAUCUCGAAGAAAGCAAUCAUAGAGGUAAUCAACGCACUCUACAUAACCAAAACUCGUACUCAUCUACUCAAACGGAUCAUCGCUAUCCACCCUGGCAUAUUUCAAAUCCCUCCGAGGAGAAUACUGAGCCCUAUCUUAGCUAUUAUAACGCGGUUAAAAUAGAGGACAACGAGCAUCCCGAAACUACAGUUCCACAGUCAUUACUCCUCGACACACAAUCUCCUCCAAGUCAGGACCUACAUAGGAUCGAUGAGCUCGUGGGCAUGGUACGCUUACUUCAGGAACAAGUAAAUAACAUAGAGAAUACUAUAAAUGCAAUAGCCGACCAAGUAGCCGACGCUUUGGGGUUGCAAUAGUUACGUCGGACAAUGGCCGUGCGCAUCGGUAGAAUUAUAAAAGGAAGAGACAAAAAAGGGGGGAGAAACAUUAUCUUUUUUUUGUAUUAACAAGGUUGAUCCACCGAGUUCAUUAGGUUGUCUUUGGGUGUCGCUCGUUUUCGGUUGGUCAUUCAUUCUCUAUAAUUAAUAAAUAUUUAAAUAUGCUCAGAGUUCCAAUGACUAGUUUAAACCCCUUGAUGAUUUAUUUACAGUAUUAGUAUCUUGUUACAUUGUAUGAAUACCUAUCACAAUAGUUACAACUUACCUAAGAUACCUAGGUAACUAAUAAUAGACUCAACUUCCUUACCGUCUAUACUUAUGAGAAUGCCGAAGAUUGGAAUAAAACAGGUUGAAGAGGGCGGGUAAAUAAUCUGACAAACAUAAUUCAGUUAUUCCGUCGACAUUAACAAGAUGAGCAUAAC